UGUAUGUGUGUGUGUGUGUUGUGUAAUUAUGUAUGCACCCAAAAAGUGCAUUGAACUGCCGCUAGAGGGUUUGUUGUUAUUUGCUGCUGUUGCUGUUGUUGCACUCGUUUGCCGCCGUAUAAAUAGCGCCAGUUGCCUGCAGCAGGCAUGCAAACGUUCGCAAAGUCAGCAGUAAGCAGUCAGCAGUUGGCAGUUGGAAGUUGGAAGUUGGCAAAAUGUUUAUCAAAAGCGCAUCGCUAUAUGGCCGGCAAUUGGUGUUGCUGUUGGCUCUGCUGAUAGCCAUCAUGGGCAGCGGAUGUUACGCCGAUGGCAUUGGCGGCUUCAGAGCCGCUUCCAUGACCCAUCCGUUGCGUGAGGGCAAACAUAAGCUGUGCGGCCCCGCCCUCAAUGAGGCCAUGUCAAUGGUCUGUGUGAAUGGCUAUAAUACGAUACCCAAAAAACGCAUGGAUUCCAAUCAGGCAUCGCUCGUCGAUGUCGUUGGUGUUGUGGCAGCGGAGCAAACACAAUUACAACAGCCGCGUGGCAGUGAUGAUGGCUACGCGUUAAGUCCAUUGCUGUCUAGCAUUUAUGGAACGGAGGUGCUCAUCAAAACACGACGCUUGCGGCGACAACGUGCCGGCAUUUAUGAUGAAUGCUGUGUCAAUUCAUGUAGCUAUCCGGAACUCUUGGCCUAUUGCCGCUCGUAAUCGUCAUACUCACGCACGAACGCACGCACACAAGCACACACACGCACGCAUACACAUACUCAUACUCGCAAGCGAUAUUGUACUCAUAUACUCGUAAUCUUAAUCGUAAUCGUAAUCGUUAUCGUUAUCGUACCCACUUAUU